GUGCAAAAAAGGUGCACACGUCAGUGCCACGAAUUCCCAAAAGAAGAGUGAUUUUGCGACAAAACAUAAUUAAUAGCUUUAUUAAUUGUUAUGUUGCGGUUGCAGUCUAUGUGGCAUGAAUUUGGGAAAACGACAAAUUUGAUAACGACGAGUUGGAUAAAUCCACAUCCCUUCGACUUAAAGCGAAGGAGAUAGCCCCAAAUUUCACCUUGGGCGUAUUUUGUUUACCUUUUUUUUAAUUUUGUUAAAUUAAUUUUCGUCAGUUUCGGAAAAUGGAAGCGCAAAGCCAAGACCAAUCGGCUAAAAUGGAAAUGUCCUCAGACUUUUCAACUAUUCAGCAUGAAAACGAAGGCACGGAGAGUGAUAUCAACGAAAUAAUGGACAGCUCAAUUGAUUUGAAUCAGUUGCAGAACAUAUCCUCCAGUACAACUACAGCUAGUGGUGGCAAGGGGCGCCUCAACAGUCUACGUCAGAAUUUGACAAAACAACAGGAACGCUUAACAGCAUUGCGUGAACGGGCCCUGAGGAAAUCUGGAAAUGAAGAACAACGCAAGUCGAACUUGAGCGAUUCGAUGGAAUCACUCAAGCAUUUGGGUGAAAAGCUCCAAAAGCUUAAGACUCGAGGAACAGCUGCUAGAGACUCUCCCGCAACAACAACUACAAGGCACAACGAUGAUGAACAACUUGAUAUUUCUUCCCAACAACUGGAAGUAGUCAGAGGAUCUAGUAAUGGGAGUGGUAGUGAAAAGCUGCUAAUGUUAACACAGCGCACAGAGCAAACUCGCGCCCUCCUCGAGCAACGCAAACGCGAUCUUGCCAAAUCGUUGUUAAGCAUUAAAACUAUGCCAAAUCCAUUAAAUACUGAAAUGGAGUUAGGUUCGUCCAUGACAGACUUGCGUGAGAUGGAGACAAAUCCCAUGUCCCGCCAUCGCUCAGCUGUGGAUUUGCAAAAUCCUCAAACAGAUCAGAAUUUAGAAGAAAGUCGCCUAAAGUUUCUCAAAAACAAAAUGAAGCUCACUGAACUGAAACAAACCAGACAAGAUCAGGAGAUGCAGGAAAUGCGCCAAGAGCUGGACCGUCGAAGCGAACUUAUAAAACAAUUAGAAGUAAAGGGAAAUGAUUUACAACAGGAAGUGGAAAGAUUAAGAUAUCAAGAAAAAGAAGAAGAGGCGUCCUCUAUUUCGCAUUCUUUGCAGGAUCAGGAGCGAAACCGCCUUCAGUCAGAAAUUGGGCCCUUAAGACAACGCCUGAGCGAGUUGGAGACAGUUAAUGAUAUGUUAGAGUCGACGCGUGAAGAACUACAAAAAGAGUUAAUUUUUACGCGAGAACAAUUGCAGCAGCAAAGGGAGGAGGAAGCUACAGAUUCCCAAGUCAAUAUUGAGUUGGCAAAACAGUUACAAGAACUUCAACAACAAUUAAAUCAAAUCCAAAAAGAAAAUGAGAAACUGCAUCGGGAAUCCAAACUAGAGGUUAACGACUCCAGUAUCUCAGAGCGCCUGUUAGACUUGGAAACGCAAAUACACUUACAAAGCAGUCAACUGGAAGAACAAAAAUUAUUUAUAGAAAAUCAAAAAGAGGAGUUAGACGAAAAGUCGACAGAAUUAAAUGUUCUGAAUGUCAAUCUUCGCCUGCUUGAGGAAAAACUGGCUAAGGCUCAGAGUUCUAGUACCAAAUCCAUUUUCCUGGUGGAGGAUAAGAGCGAGGGUGAAGAGGAACUGCAUCAAUUAAAACAAAAGUUGGACGAGUCGAAUAAAAUUAACAUCAAACUAAAGCUUAAGUGUAAACAGUCGGAGAAGCAGCUAGAAAAACUACAACAAUCCCAAGACGUAAAACAAUUGGCAGCCGAAAAUGAGCAAUUGCAGCAACGCAUCUGUGUCCUGGAGGAUGAAAAAGGUCAAUGGCAAUUGAAAGGAAUGUCAGAGGAAGAAAGUGAAAGCAAUCAAGAGGCUCAAGAGCAUAUUUACCAGAUACAGACGUUGCAAAAAGAAAAGGACGACCUAGACAAAAAGCUAUCACACUACAUAAAUGAAAAUAUGGAACUGCUGGACAAACUGGAGAAACUCAGUUCAUCGGCCAGUUCUGCAGAGUCCAUAGAAAUUGUCGAAAGACCAUUGCCAGCGGAACAGGAGCUGGAUGCAACUGGUGAUUGUUAUGCUCGUCCUGCCAGUGAAGGAGAUGCCCAAGAUAUAAAUAAUGCUUUACGCAAGUUCGUUAGCGAGCCAACCCAAACGGACUUUUCACCGGAACAGGAGGAGUUAGAAUUUUUCGCAUCCGAACGCCAUGUGGUACUUCAAAAAUUGGAGCGUUUAAUAGCGGAGAAUAGUGACCUUCAAUCAAAAUUGGAAAAAGAACAGCGUGAAAAGGAUUCUCUUUCGCAACAGUUAAUGGAGAAAUCAUCAAAUUCUUCGAAUCUUAGCCAAGAAAUGAGUUCAAUGCAACGGUCGUCCGAGGUGGUAGCUGCCCUGGAUGUGGGCAAUGGGGGUUCCGAAUUGGUGGAAAAAUGUCAGCGGUGCUUAAAUAAACUUCAUUUGGAGUUGGAAGCCUACGGCAAGGCCAACGAUCGUAAUGCCAAAUUUAAUGUGGUCAAAAAACUGGCCAGAGAGGCGAAACAAGUGUAUGUCCAACUAACCGAAUUGUUGCAAAAGGUAAAGGAGGCCAGCACGGCUGUAGAAACGGUUACUGUUGUGGAAACAGUAGUUGCUGUCACUGCACCAAACGGAAAGGCUUUAGCGGAAUAUGAGCAACUGACGGCUCAAAAUACUAGACUCAAAGAAGAAAUUAACCGAUUAAGCAGGGAACUAGAGGAACAGCAGCUUCCAAUUGAGGCCUUAGCUGACCAACAGAAAGAGGAAAUAAAUCAAGAGCUGCAGUUGGAAAUCUCCCAAUUGCGACAUGUCAUUGAUGAUUUGCGUCUAAGUGAAUCUGAGCAUCUUCAAUUGAUAGCUUCUCAAUCAGCCCAACUAACUCAAAUUCAGGUGCAAUCGGAGCAGUUUGAUAAUUUACUAAACUCAAAGGAAAUGAAUCAUGAAAAGCAAAUGGAGCAACAGUCACGGCUGCGACACGAAAUUGAAUCCCGUCAGGAAUCCCUUGAAGCAGAGUUGGUUGUUCUCCAAACAUUAGUUGCCGAACAGAAGCGGCAACUAAUUGAAAACUUGGGAGAGAACGAACACAAAAUGAAUCUCAAAGCUCUCGAGAUUCAAUCUUUACAAGAGGAGCUCCAUCAAUUAAGGGUAGCCAAUAAAGAGGAGCAGCAUCAGCUAAAAAUCAACAAAGCUUUAGCAGCUCAACAAAUCGAAAAAAUCUCUUCGCAACAGGAGACAAUCGAUGGCCUUGAAAAAGAAGUUCUUCAGCUCCAGCAAACCAUUGCACAGUCAAAACUAGAGGAACAAACAAAAGUAAAGGAUUUAAAAGAAAAACUGAAAAAAUAUGCCGCGAAUCUAAAAAAACGCAAUCAAGACUAUGUCGAGCUGGAGGAAAAGCUGAAAGACCUGCCAGAACCUAUAAAAGAAUUUCCAGACUUGAAUUUGCAGUUGGAGCAAUUACAUCAGCAAAAUCAAAAAUUAAAUGAUGAACUGAAAGCGAAAAUGCAUACUAAUUUAGAGCAGCGUGAUACAGUGCGUCAGCUUAAACAGCAAAUCAUUGAACAGGGGCAAGAGCAACAGCGCCUUCAAGUGGAGUUGCAAAAUGUAAUACAGGCGAAUACAGAUUUAAGAUUGGAGCAAAUGCAAUGGGAAAAGGAAUUGGCUGCCAAACAACAUCUUGAGCAACUUAGACUGGACCAAGAUCAACUGAUAAAGGAUCUACAACAUCAAUUAGAGCAGAAAACUCUAAAGUUCGACAAGUCCAAGGAGGUCAUCAAGCAUCGGAAUGCCUCUAUUCAAUCAUUGCAAAAGCAAAUCCAGGAGUUGAGCUGCCAAAAACCGACAGAUGAAAUGUCUCCACAAGCCAAAGAGGAGUUGGCUUCCUGCAGAGCCGAAUUGGAAGAUGUAAGGGAAAAGUACAGCAGUGAUAAAAAAAAUUUUGAAGAAACUAUUAGUCGUCUUGAAACCCUGCAUGAAGGUAUCCAAGCCAAAUUGCAGCAAAACGAAUCUUACAUUGAAAUUCUGGAGACACAAAAUGCCGAAUUCCAAGAAAGGAACGCUGCCCUGGAGGAUCGGUCUGCCAGUAUAGCUCUAGAAUUAUCUAAAACCCAACAUUUUACACAGCAGCUAGAACAAAAAUUCGAAGAAGAAUCUGCGCAACGCAAAGAUUUAGAAAGACAGAUUAUAAAGCAAUCGCAGGAGUUUGAUGGACAGAAACAAGAGCACACCACUCAGAUAGCAGAAAUGCUUCAAUGGGGCGAGUCCUAUCGCGAGCAAGUGAGUGAUUUGCAGGCCACCAUUAAGACACUUCAAUUGGAACACCAGAAUUUCAUAGAGAAAACCAAAUCAGAAAGGGAGCAUUUGGAGCAAGAUUCUAAGCAGUACAGUGACCAGGUUAUUGAUCUGCAACAGCAACUAUCUAACCGGGAAUUGGAAAUUCAACGCCAACGUCAGGUUUAUGAUGCCAAAUUGGCAGCCAAGGUUACUGAACUAGAUGAGAUGGAAUGUGAUCUUAACGCCCAUAUAGAACGGUCUACAUCUGAUGUACGCGAUCUGCACCAGCAGCUAGAACGCAAUCAAGAAGAAAUGUCUGAAGUAGAGCGAGAAAGAUCUUCUCUUAGUCGCGAGGUCAUGCGACUGCGCCUUCAGCAAGAUAGCUCCGAGCAAGAUUCUCUCGAAUUGCAAGAGCUACGCAUGCAGGUCAUGCAGGAUAAGAACGAAAUGGACCAUUUAAAGUCACAAAUUGAUUCCCUGUGUGCCAAUCAUGCACAGGAGCUGCAACUAAUGCAGCAACAAAUUGCCGAAAUGGAUACCCUAGGGCAGAAUCAAACCGAUGAUCAAAUGUUCCUUGAGACCGAAAACAAACGAUUAAUUGAGCAGGUAACGGAAAUGCAGGGGCGCCUUCAGGCGCAGUCGGAGCAGUUGCAUAACCGACAUGCCACAGACUUGGUUGUUUCUGGUCCCGAUUCCUCUUCUGCUCAGGCUCCUUCUAUAUUCUUUGCGGCCGAUGAAGCAUCUUUAUCUCCCACUCCAUUUGAUGAAAUUGUUACUGAACCCACAAUUGAGAGGGUAACUAACCAAAAUUUGGCGACAAACAGCGCUUCUAGUGAUUUCCAACUAUCACUUUUGCCGUCUACCAUUGAGGAUCUGCAAAGAAACGUUUCGGAUUUGGAGAAACAUGCACAGGACUUGGAAAACAAACUCUUGGCGCGCAAUCAAUCGCUGGCUGAACAAGAGAGGUGUCUUUUAGAGCUCGAGCAAUUGCUGGGGCAACGGGAUCAAGAAUUGGCUCAAUUAAAAGAAAGUCAAAGAUUAAAUGAAAUAGAGAAACUCAUAAUACAACAGCAACCAUCUUCAGAUUUAGGUUCUACUACAGCUGCUCCGCCCACAACACUAGGUAUGUUCUUUAAGUCCACUGACACAGAACUUGAAAAUCCACCUAAGGACUAUUUUCAAUUUGAUGUUGAUUCGUCAGCUGUCCCAGUUAAUGAACCUCUAAUCGUGAAAGAGAGAACAUAUCUCUGUUAUCCCGAAGAACAGGUAUCGCAACAUGAUCCAGAACUGGGUGUCGAUGAAGAUCCUUGGGCUUUAGCUAGUACCCAAGCAUCGGUGGGCUUAGCAGCCACUGAUCCUGUUUUGCUUUUAAAAGUCUCUCAAUUGGAGCAAAAACUAGCAAAAGCUGAACAGGAAAAAAUCGAAGGAAACCUAAAAACGGCAAAGUUAAUAAAGCGACUAAAGGAGUACAAAAGCAAACUUCAGUCAACUCCUACCAUAUCUCAGGACAAUGAUCUGGAUAGAGCUAUUAUCGACGAAUUAAAGAAUCAGCUGAAACUACAAGAACUAAGUCAUGCCAAAACUGUAGAGCAAUUGCAACAACUGAACCUAGAAAAAGAGAAACUAGCAAAGCGCAUUGAUGUCUUGACAGCGGGAAAUGAACGAAUGGCGGAGCUUAAGGAACGACAAGAUAUGGAUGUAUACAUGUAUCAAGCGAGAAUAAGAGAACUACAAGAAAAGCUUCAGCAAAUGGAUAACUGGGAGUCAUCGCCAACAGAAUUAGUUUUGCCUCCAGAUGAUGACAAAACAAAAAAGCUUGAAAAUCUUCAAGCUGAAAAUCUGGAUUUGAAUAACGAAUGCCAAGAUUUGCAAGGGCAACUAGAGCAUCAAAAGCAACAGGUAGAACAAGCUAAGGAAUUGACUUCUCGGACUCAACAAGAACGUGAUGACUUGCUUCAAAAACUGCAACAACUUGAAGAGAAAAUGCAUGAUUGUGAAAUAAGUAGUGAAAUAAAAGUCAAGAAGCUGGAGGAGCAACUACUAGAGCCUGCCACUAAUCAGGAACAUGCAACACAAAUAGCUCUUCUCCAAGAGAGAGAAGCCGAAAUUGUUCAUCUUAAACAAAGAAUCGAGGACUUGAUGCGUGAAGAUCAAACCGAAAAGCUGGUCUUUGAGAUUUUGACUAAAAAUCAAGAAUUACAAAUGUUACGGAUGCAAAUUAAGCAAUUAGAGGAGGACAAAUUGGAGCAAAAUUCAAACCGGGAGACCCUUUUACCAUCGGCAGAGGCGAAAUUGCAAGUGCUGAUAUCAGAAAACACAAAACUGCAAAAGGAAAAGUCCGACAUGGAAGAGGAGCUACGUGUUCUUAACAAUCAUGUUUUAUCCACACUUGAAAUGGAAGAUCGAAUGAAGCAUACAGUUCUAGAAUUGGAUACAAAGAACAUUGAAAUUACAGAGCUGCGGAAAUCCUUAGAGCUUAUACAGCAGAAUCCAAAGCAGCUCCAACCUCAAGCCCAAUCCGAUUUGGAACUGCAACUGGCCACGCUCAAUCAUCAAUGGGAGGCAGUAGUAGAGCAAAAAUGUGGCGAGGUUGCCGCCACGUGGCAAAAACACCUUUUUGAAAAGGAAGAAGCUUUCAACAAGCAACUUGAAGAAAUGCAACCGAAGUCACCGCAGUUUACACCACUUGCUGUGGAGGAAGAUCAUAAUGAGAUGCUUCUCAAAAUGCAAAAGGCUCUCGAAACCCAGGAAAUGGAAAUUGUAACACUCAAAGAACAAUUGGCUAUACGAUCAGCAGAAUAUGCUCGACUCGCUGCCCAAUAUGAUCCCUUCCGUUUACAGAAUCGCCAAGAUGGCGGUGAAUUAUUAGACACUCCUAAAAUAGCCAAUGAUGCUCUACCCGAGUAUGUUUUAAAGACCGAUUUAGAUUAUGCUCUUAUGAUGCUUCACCAACGAGAUAUGCGUGUCGAGGAAAUGAUUGUGGAGCUUGUUCAGUUGCUAGAGGAACGGGAUCAUUUACAAUUAAAGCUAUCGGAUACUCUUAGACAACUAGAAACAGAACGGAGCAAUCGUCGGUCCAGCAUUGAAUUAACAUCACCAUCUUUACACCAAGCAAUUAACAGUCCUUUUGGGAAGAUCACCGAAAACAGUACUGAUUUUUCAACACGAACAGCAGGUGCAGCAUCUGGGCCAGUGAUUAAUUCCAGUUCCGUUGGCAGCGAUCUUAAACAAAAACUAGCUGAAUUGCAGACGGUAAAGCAUUUCAAGGACAAAGCGAUUGUGGACGAACGCGAACAGCGUCUUCAGCAGAUGAUUCAAUUACAAAAAGAUAUGGCCAAACAAUCGCCGUCAGUAGCACCAACACCAUCACUGCCAACUCCCACAAUGACAAUACAAACAGCCACAGAGCCACAAACAGCUGAUGUAGAUCAAUCUCAACCAUCGCUGAGGUCCCCUUCUAUGGUUUUAAUGGAUUGGUUAAUGGGCAGCCACAAAAAUGGCGAGGAAGAUCAGCAGCAACAAUCGACGUCCAAUUAAGCCAAACUUGAGUUUUCUGAUUGUAAAUGAUAUUCACAUUUGUCGAACACUAAUCUAGCUGUCGUAUAUUUCACCUGAUUUAAGUUUUCUUUCUGGAAAAGAAUAUUUAAACUUCUACAUUUUCGAGUACCCUGAACGAACGAAAAGAAACUUAACCCCCUUAUUUAGAUAUAAUACAUAAUUUCUAAUUCCUCUGGUUCCAACUUCCACUUUUCGCUCUACCAACUAGGGUACUGUAAUUUUUCUUAAGGCGCGUAUAUAUUAUGUUGUAGAUAUGUAUGUAAAAAUAAAUCAAUUGUAAAGUUUAUAUUAAAGAAUAUUACCGGCUGUUUCAGGAACCAUUAUAACAUCAA